AUGCAGUGGCCAAAUCUGGCAGUCCGGUGGCCAAAUCUAGCCGUCGGGAGGCGAGAUCAGCGGUUCGCGGCCGAUUGUUAUAAACAAGAUGACACACGCAACUUUGUGAGCCAUCUCCACGACGCUCUCGAGCGAAACAAGAUAAGGGCCUUUGUAGACAGCAGUCUAGAAAGAGGACUAGAGAUCACUCCAGCAAUCAACGAAGUGAUUGAGCGGUCGAGGAGCGCCAUCGUGGCGAUCUCUCAAACCUUCGCCUCCUCGCCAUGGUGCUUGGACGAGUUGGAUAAGAUCCUCGAGUGCAAGGAAAAGAAAGGCCAGCUGGUGUUCAUCAUUUUUGUGGACGUCGACCCCAAAGAGUUGCGUGAGCAGUCCGGAUCAUUCAAGCAAAUUGGCCAAAGCGAAAAGGGUUUCGGGCAGGAGAAUGCUGACAAGGUCCGGAAGUGGAGAGAUGCUCUCCAAAAAGCUGGCAAUCUCACCGGUUGGUCUCUUGGAAAAAGACUUGAAGUUGAAUUAAUCCAAUCUGUUGUGGAGAAAAUCUCACGAAAACUGAGGUGUUCACAAACGAACCCGCCUGCUUUCCAUCUAGUUGGGUUAGAUUCUCAAGUACAAGCUUUGUACUCCUUACUCCAAUUAGAGGUUGAAGAGGUCCAAAUCAUGGGUAUUUCUGGGACUAGCGGAAUAGGGAAGUCGACACUUGUGAGAGCUUUGUUUGAUCGAAUUGCAGAUCAAUUCGAUCGGAGUUGCAUUCUCACUAAUGUGAAAGAUAUAUCGAGCCAAGAGGGCCUCGUCAAAAUGCAAGAGACACUUUUUGGUGACAUUCUCAGCAAUGGAGUUUUGGAGUUUGGUGCUGAUACUCAUGAAAUAAUAAACUUCAUGAGGAGUAAGUUUCAAAACAAGAGGGUUUUGUUGGUGUUUGAUGAUAUUGAAGGGUUGUUGGAGCCGCUGAGUCACUUGAUCGAGGCUAUAAACUUUGGCUCAGGAAGUAGAAUCGUUUUGAUACCUCGACAUGAAGAAACAUUAAUUGGUCUAUGUGGGAAAAUCUAUAAAGUAAAGUUAUUGAAUGAUGAUCAAGCUCUCGAGCUUUUCAGUUGGAAUGCAUUCCAAAAAAGAUAUCCCAAAAAUGAUUAUAAGAUGCUCUCAAAUUGCUUCACUAGUUUUUCCAAAGGGCUUCCUUUGGUACUCAUAGUGAUGGGUUCUUUCUUGAACGGCAAAAGCAUCAAAGAAUGGCAAGGAGCUUUUGAUCAACUGAAAGAAAUUCCUCAUGGAAAUGUUCAUGAAACACUGAGGAUUGUCAUUGAUGGUUUAGAGGCCAAUGAGAGGACGAUCUUUCUCGACAUCGCAUGUUUUCUUAAUAGAUAUGACAAAGAAGAGAUCAUCAAGUCACUAGACCAUUGUGACAUCCAUGUUGAUAGUGGGAUUGAGAUUUUGGUUCAAAAGUCGCUCAUAUACAUUGAUGAAAAUAACAAAAUAUGGAUGCAUGAUUUGCUUCAAGAAAUGGGUAGACGAAUUGUAAUUCAAGAGUGCCCUGAAAAUCCUAGCAAACGAAGUAGAAUAUGGCGUCAUGAAGAUGCUCUACAAGUGCUUAUGCAAAACUCGGGAACGAAUGCCAUUGAAGGCAUUAAACUAGACAAGGUUGAUGUAAAAGACUUGAUCUUGAAUGCAGACUCAUUCAAAAAGAUGAAGAAGCUCAGGCUGUUUAUAAUGGCUGAUCAUUUCCCUUAUUGUGGACCGGCUGGUCAUCUAUCGGAAGAGUUAAGAAGGUGUUUCGCCCGGAGCAACGAUAUUAUCAUGGUGGCGUGUUGGCAGGCGCUGUUGAAGCUAAUUGCCAGGUUCUGGUCUCGCAGAGCUUGA